AUGAACAUUUUUUCAUUUCUUGUUUUGAUUCCGGCGGCCUUGGCCGUUGAUUCUGUACUUCUAGCAAAGUACGGUGAAAAAACCACUAUUCAAAUUUCCAAUGAAAAAGUCAAGGCGUUCACAAGAGAUACAGGAUCUGAUUUGGAAACCUAUAAUAUUGAGGGACCGAAUAAAAACAAAUGGAUUGAUAAGGUAACAAUUUAAGAAUUUUAAAAGUUUUUAAAUUAUACAAUAAUUUUUUGAAGAAAGGCAAUACCAUCGGAGACCCGAAAAACUACGAAUUCAAGCCACCUGGAACAUUAAUCAUCAAAAAAAUUUUCAACACUCGAUGGAGGGCAUUAUGA